GGCUAAUGUUCCACUUGGUAGUCGAAGCAGUAUUCUGGAUGUAUUUACUAACCUAGUGCGGCGGAUCAGGUAAUGUAGGGUGAUACGCCUCUUGGCGUGAGCUUCAUGUCCCUGUAGUGAACGAUCGUCAGUCGUUCGUAUUCGUGGUGUGGCUAGGCGGGUUGCUGUGUCGAGUAGAUCAGGGCAUAAAAGAUCACCAAUCGCCCAUUGACAUGAGAAAAACUCUCUAUCAUCAUAAAGCGUCAAUUAUUUCAGUUUUUCGCUCACUUCAUUUCUCUUCGCUCAACUAUACAGCUGUGCUGUACUUCGCUUCUUGCCAUCAUCCGAGUCAAUUCAACGAUCCUUCGUCGCCAGCGGCUUAAUUGUAGCCCAUCACCUUGCGACCCAAAUAUUCAUAAUUAUCCCACUAUCUCAAAAUGCGUUUGACUUUAAGCUCCAUCGUCGCUUGCGCUGCUGUUGUUCAAGCUGGUGUAUUCUCCCGACAAAACUAUAACGAAAUCUCCAUCUCGGGUGGCUUCGCAGGCAACGCCCAGGAAGAGGCACUAGGAGUAUUCGGCGCUCUGGACCUGAAUGACCUGGCCAACGUCGACAAAGACGACCUCGACUUCCUCAACUCUGUGAAUCAGAUCUGCAAUGAUGCCGAGAGAGAGGCCUUCAACCCAGCCAUUGAUGCCGCCGAUGGUGAAGAGGCCGAUGCCCUCCAGCGUGGCAAGAUAAAGAACAAAGUCCUGAAGCUCACAGCUACCAUUCUCAAGCUUCAGGCACAGCAGGCACAGGGCAAAGAUGUUGCUGACAGACUGGAGGAGGAGCAGAUAAAGCUGAACAACAACAUUCAACAAGAUGAGGAUGAGGCGGGUAAUGAGUCAACUUUCUUGUCAUUCAAUGCCAUCACCGACUAAGCGUUUGACUCUCCUCUCACUCUUUAAAGCCUUGAUCGAGUGUCACAGCAGGACUACACCGAGUUUUACAACGGAGAACGGGCUUUCCUUAUCCUUAGCUUGGAAAAGUGAUUGUCGUCGUAAAGGCAAGCGGGCAUUUUGAAUUCGAGUAUGGACUUUUUAUUAUAUAUACUUUAAAAAUCAC